AUGCCGCGGGCCCCGAGCCCUGGCGUGGCCGAAGCCUGCGGGGGCAGGGGCAGCAGCGGCAGCUCUGUCCCCUCCCGUGUCUACCAGGUGUCCCGCACCUCGGCUCUCCCCAGCCUGUCCAGCUUCCAUGCCACCCGCGUGACCCCCCUGCGCUCCUACCAAAGUGCCUACCAAGGUGCCGGUGAGCUGCUGGACUUCAGCCUGGCCGACGCCAUGAACCAGGAGUUCCUCCAGACCCGCACUAACGAGAAGGUGGAGCUGCAGGAGCUCAAUGACCGCUUCGCCAACUACAUCGAGAAGGUGCGCUUCUUGGAGCAGCAGAAUGCCCUCAUGGUGGCCGAGGUGAACCGCCUGAGGGGCAAGGAGCCCACCCGCGUGGCUGAGAUGUACGAGGAGGAGCUGCGGGAGCUCCGGCGCCAGGUGGACCUGCUCACCAGCCAGCGGGCUCGUGUUGAAGUCGAGCGUGACAACCUGCUUGAUGACCUGCAGAAGCUCAAACAGAGGCUGCAAGAGGAGAUACAACUGAAGGAGGAGGCUGAGAACAACCUGGCUGCUUUCAGAGCUGACGUGGACGCGGCCACGCUGGCACGCAUAGACCUGGAAAGACGCAUCGAGUCCCUGCAGGAGGAGAUAGCUUUCCUCAAGAAGGUGCACGAAGAGGAAAUCCGGGAGCUGCAGGCUCAGCUGCAGGAGCAGCACAUCCAGGUGGAGAUGGACGUCUCCAAGCCUGACCUGACGGCUGCACUGCGGGACAUCCGCGCCCAGUACGAGAGCAUCGCUGCCAAGAACAUCGCCGAGGCCGAAGAGUGGUACAAGUCCAAGGUGUCUGACCUGACGCAGGCAGCCAACAAGAACAAUGACGCGCUGCGGCAGGCAAAACAGGAGAUGCUGGAGUACCGGCACCAGAUCCAGUCCUACACCUGCGAGAUCGAUGCCCUCAAGGGCACGAACGACUCACUGAUGCGCCAGAUGCGGGAGAUGGAGGAGCGCUUUGCGGGGAGGGCUGGCGGGUACCAGGACACCAUCGCCCGGCUGGAGGAGGAGAUCCGGCACCUAAAGGACGAGAUGGCCCGGCACCUACGCGAGUACCAGGACCUGCUCAACGUCAAGAUGGCCCUGGACGUGGAGAUCGCCACGUACCGCAAGCUGCUGGAAGGCGAGGAGAACCGGAUCAGCAUCCCCAUGCACCAGACUUUUGCCUCCGCACUCAAUUUCCGAGGUGAGCAUCUCCCCAUGAGGAGGGGGGCCUGGGUCCCCGGGGGUCCCCACCUCCGCUGGUACCGAAACGAGGAGCUGCUGGCGCCACGCGGGGAGGAGUAUGGCACCCUCUGGAUCCGGGACAGCAAGAAGAAGGAUGCUGGCGUGUACACCUGCAUUGCCGAGAACGAGCGGGGAGAGGCCAUGACCAGCGCCGUGCUGGCCAUCAUUGACAUGGAAGGCAAGGGCGGAGGAGAGAGAGAGAGAAACGCGGCUCGGGUGCACGGCACCGGUGGUGUCACCCUCCGCAGCCACCGACACGGUCCCUGGUAUCCCCCGGUGCCCCUGCACAAGCCACCCCCGUGCGCCAGCUGCCCGCAGGCAGAGCUGCCCGUGGCAUCACCAUCACAGCUGUACCAGGCGCUGGGGCUGCACUGGGAGAACUGGGACCCUCUGGGUUUGGGACCGGGGGGAGGAGCCUAA